AUGAGUGAACUAGAUACGGUAUCUCUAUCGUCCCGAACGUCAUCUUCUGGAGGGUCUCGGCCCAAGAAGUUUUUGUGCACUUUUGAAAACUGCGACAAAGCUUAUAGCAAGCCAUCUCUUCUUGAACAGCAUAUGAGAUCACAUACCAAUGAACGACCGUUUAAAUGUUCCCAUGAAGAUUGUGACAAGUCGUUUUUGAGAAAAUCACAUCUCGAUGCUCAUAUGGUAUCACAUGCAACUGACAAACCAUUCCACUGUUCUGUUUGUGGUAAGGGAGUCAAUUCUCAACAACAUUUAAGAAGACAUGAAAUCACCCACUCAAAAUCGUUUACAUGUACAUAUGAAGGGUGUUCAGAGGCAUUUUACAAACAUCAAUCUUUGCGUCAUCACAUAUUAUCUGUCCAUGAAAAAACCCUAACGUGUACUCAUUGUAAUAAAUCUUUCCAGAGGCCCUACAAACUCGCUCAACAUAAUCUCAAGCACCAUGGUGACUCUCCGGCAUAUCAAUGUGAUCAUGCGGGCUGUUUUUCCAACUUUAAGACUUGGUCAGCAUUGCAGUUUCAUGUCAAGCAGGAACAUCCCAAAUUGAAAUGUUCUAUAUGUGGAAAGGGAUGUGUUGGGAGGAAAGGGCUUAGAUCGCACAUGCUAAGUCAUGACGAACAGAAAAUGCUUAAACUUUGGCAGUGUACAUAUUGUGAUAUAGGUAAAUUCCCUCGAAAAGCUGAAUUGGUUAAUCAUUAUAAUGAUUUUCAUGAUGGUAAUAUUCCAGAAAAUCUCUUGAAACGGAGUGAAUUGAUGCGACUUGAACAGUUAUUGAAUAGCAGUGAUCCACUUUCUGCAAAUUCAAAAGAUCUCAAAAAUUAUAAAAUAGUUUCUUCUGAUGAAGAUAGCGAUGAAGAUAACGAUGUUGCUGUUGACGCCCGGUCGGACACAACUAUGUCGCAACGUUCUAUGAACUCGUUGAGUAAAGAUUUAAGUAAAGGAAGAUCUUCAAUAAUUGGUCUUAUUCUGAAUAAUUUUGUCUCAAAGAAGAUUAAAUGUCCCAAGGGUAACUGUGGACGUAUGUUUUCAAGAGAAUAUGAUCUUGACCGACACUUGAAGUGGCAUGAAGAAAAUUUGAGUAAAAUUGAAGCUUUCUUGGAUAACCUAAAUAAUGAAACGGCAGACUUGGAUGAGCAACCUCCUUUGAAAAAGACCAAACCAAACCAGGGUAUUAACCUAAUAGAUGACCACAGCGAUGAUGAUUUAGAUACAUUAAGCCACCAGGAACUUCAACUAGUGGCUGAAUUUACGGAAGAUUAA